GGGAUGAACAAAUGCGCUCUUCAUUUUUGUGUCGGCUUUAUGGCCUUUAUCCUAAUCACAACUGGAAUGAUAAGGGUAUUUCAAGUAAUUACGGCUGGAGACGAAGUUGGCGGGUCGUUUGUGUGGUUUUAUUUUAUCAUGGGCUUCGUGCACUUGGUUAGCGGCUUGUUACUGGCAUACGGUGCCGCGAAGGAAAAACCCAAGUUAGUUUUUGCCCAUCUGGUCAUAACUAUCAGUUGUCUUGGUCUGGCUACAAUUGGCGUAUUGUUUAUAAUAUGUUUUAUGAAUUUAUCCAAUGGGACAGGAAUCGUUGUGGGUUACGUGGCAGCUAUUUGCAUCUUCUUUGGUUUGGAGCGCGCCGUGUAUGAGUUUUAUAAGGAACUCAAGAGUGAACCGCAGGAGGUGGACGCUCAUACGACUUCUGAAGUUUGAUGAAGAAUUGGAAACUUCGUGAAAUUUUUAAUUUUAAUUCUGUAGUGU